GGCCGGGCAGGCAUGAAGAUAACGAAGGAGUAGCGGGAUAGCGAACAUCGCUGGUAGAUAUAUACGGAAGAAGACGGUGGACGCGCUCUGCUAUGAAACUUCUGCUUCAGCUGCAAGAAAAGCUAAAGAAUCACCUCCUCUAUCAUGUGACCAAAUGAUACACUGCAAGUCCACAGCUCAUCUCAGACAGUGGGCUGCUGGGAGAGUCCCAACCGAGAGCUCAGAGCUUUAAGCACUUUGGAGUAAAGACUACAUUAAAGCCGCCCAGUGUCCUGCAGGCUCUGUCCCGGCAGGUGUUGUCAGUGUGAAGAGAGACAACAGUCCUUGUUAAUUUGAAACAAUACGACACUGUGUCAUCGAGCUGCUUAAUGGACCAUCAGUGACUAAGACGGAGCCAUUUCUUCUACACCCAAUGAGGAUCUCGAUGAAGUUUGGUGUACAUCGCACUUUAGACACUAGGUGGCACCAUUGUGACAUCAGCGUCAUGGUUAUGUGGCUUAAGUGACAGCUGCGCACGAGACAGAAUGGGUGAGCCUCAGACCUACGUGAAGCUCAGCGAGGAGAAACAUAUACCAAAGUCUGACAUCUUGUCACUACUGAGGACAUACAACUGUUAUCAUGAAGGGAAAAACUUCCAGCUGAGGACUCGUGAGGAGGAUGGGGGGCUCAUCCUCGAGGGGUUGCUGAACAUCUACUGGGGCCUGCGCCGACCAAUCAGGCUUCAGAUGUACGAUGACAAUGAAAGAUUCCGUCUCAACCGAAACGAUAGGUCUUCUGUGUCAUCGGCGAUCUCUAACAAUAAUUCACCGGGCAGAGAAAUCGGACCAGCGAGUGGUGACAUGGGUGGUCAGGAGGAAGAGGAUUCUCCUCAGCUGCUGAGGACCAGGAGUGACGCUUCCUUCAUGCGGGUUCAGAGGAGGUCAAAGACACACACCGCCAGAGAUUUGCAGCGUUUGCGCACACACAGGUUCUCCAUCAACGGACACUUCUACAACCACAAGACAUCUGUAUUUACUCCCGCCUAUGGUUCGGUCACUAAUGUACGAGUAAACAGCUCCAUGACGACUGAACAAGUCCUCAACCUGCUGCUGCACAAGUUUAGGGUGGAGAAUAAUUCUGAAGAGUUUGUCCUUUAUAUGGUGCACGAGUCUGGCGAGAGGACCUGCCUGAGAGAUGGUGAAUACCCACUGGUGGCUCGGGUGCUUUACGGACCCUGUGAGAAGAUUUCCAAGAUCUUCAUCAUGGAGGCCGACCUGGGAGAGGAAGUCACGUAUGAUGUUGCCCAGUACAUUAAGUUUGAGAUCCCUGUUUUAGACAGCUUUGUCGAGAAACUUAAAGAGGAAGAAGAACGUGAGAUAAACAAACUAACCAAAAAGUACAUUGCUCUGAAGUCUAUGAUUCUACAUCAACUCGAAGACAGAGCUCACACCAGUGACAGAGUAUAGAGCAGGCUGUGUACGGAUGUAACCCGUGUGUGUAUGUGUGUGUGUGUGUGUGUGUGUGUGUGUGUGUGUGUGUGUGUGUGUGUGUGUGUGGUGUGUGUGUGUGUGUG